ACUUCAUGGACGCGCAAAAAUCUAAAUUUUUCUUUCGGCUUUACAUAGAAUUGAUUGCAAAUCUAUGAAAUAUGAACGAGCAAAGUAUUUUAAGUUACGUCAAGAAAGUGAUACGCGCACUGAUAAUAUCGUCACCCGAUCGCAUGACUGUGGAGCAACUGAAACGGGACUACGCAAGCGAAGAAGGCUCCCCGGUACCAUUUUACAAGCUUGGCUUCAAAGACAUUGAAUGCUUCUUGAACUCCAUUUCCGACACUGUUACGUUGGUUGGGUGUGGACCCAUGGCGCAGGUGUGUGCGAAGAGGCACGAGAAAACGGCUCACAUUGAGAGUCUGGUGCAGUGCCAAAAGAAGCAGAGGAACAGGCCAAGAAAUCGUGGUCAGCCCAAUUCCAAAUUUUGGUAUCCCUCCGAAAUAUCAGAUAUUGUGUUUGUGAAUGAGCAGACGAAACGCUGCAAUAGCAACAACAACAAUAAUGGCAGCUGGCGCCAAGCACAAUUGUCUGCAGACCAACGCUCAUCUAACUGGAAUAAUAAUAGACAUUCGAGACAAUGCUCAAAUCGAGCACCAGCAGAAAAAUCGGUUGGCGGAAUAAGUUCGAUAAGGAAUUCGGUUUCAAAGCUUUCCAUAGCCAAUGUCGAUGAUGAGUCGUCUUCGGAUGAAAGUAAUAUCAAUGAAAAUUGUAUUCCGAAAGGCAAAAUAAUCGUUAAAUCAGAUGAAGCACAAAAGCAACCGGAUAUUAGAGCAAACACAAUGGAAAAGUCUGAAUUUAUUGUUCCACCAUCUGAUGAAGCUUGCGAUGAUGCUGUGAAUUGUCAAAAAUACUCCAGCAAUUUAAGGAAAGCUGAAGUUGUGCCCAAGUUGAAAACAAAAUGGGAAGAGCCCGUUGUCCAUUAUGUGUCCUCGGACGAAGGCAACGAAUCGGAUGCCAUUCCAGCAUAUGCUGUGGACGAUCGAGUAUUUGGCAUGGAAUAUCCCAAGGAUGUGGUUCGCUUCAAUCAGCAGUUGCCUCAACGGAAUAUCCACAACAAAUUCAAGCUAGAGGAUCGGAUCGAAGUGCAGCUUGUGACAGUUGCCAGUCCACAUAUCUUCCAUUUCUGGACGCAUGACGCUGAGUACGAAGACUACAAGAACAUGGCUGACUACAUGCAGCAGUUUUACAACAAUAUCGACGAGAUUAAGUAUAAUAUGCCAUCAUUCCUAAUUAUGCCUGACCAUUUGGGUGCCAUACGCUUUCGGGACUCAGUUUGGCAUCGCGUUCAAGUGCUAAGCAUUAAAGCGGGCAGCAAAAAUAAUAUUGAGGUAGAACUCGUGGAUACGGGCGAAAGAUUGUGGAUAUGUCCCACUCAGAUAAAAUUUCUAAGCAAGGAGUUUGCAAAGCUGCCACCACAAUGUUGGCCCGGUCGACUGGCUUGUGUGGCGCCCCGGCAUGGACAACACUUUUCAGUGGAGGCGAGCAAUUACUUUUACGAUCUUGUGUGCUAUCGUCGCCUCUAUGCGAGGAUUGAAAAAAUCAACGAUGCUAAUGCCACCUUGCAUAUGAUACUUGUGGAUCCAGAUGCCGCAUUUCUGACAAAGAACAUCAACCUGGCGCUCAUCGAGUCGGGUUCGGUGCGUCGCAGCUAUACGAUAUAGAAUCAUAUAUAUGUAUUUUUGAAUGAGAUUUGAAGUGUCUCGAAAUUUUUGCUUUGUUGUAAUCGGUUAAGUCACUUGUCAUAUAUAUAUAUUUUAUAUAUGUUAACAUGAAAUAAGCCAAGAGCCUAAUCUUCUAAAAGAAAAGAAGUCGCAUUGUAUUAUGUUAAGGCAAACGCUGUCCUUCUGCUUUUCAUUUAUUAGUUUACGUAUAAUAAAAUACUAAGUUACAUAAAUCUUCAAACAAGGUAUUCUGUCUUCCGUUUGAUUUAUGUCAGAAAUUAAAGAUAAACAAAGAUGCACACAACUACAAACGCGUGUAGUUCAAUGUGGCUUGCAAAAAGAUCUCGCUCGCAACUAAAUAGUA